AUGUCUUUGAAAUGCAGCAGUAAGUUUGAAGCGGGAUACCUGCUUAAACUCCUAAUGAUCCCAGGGCUGCAGCUGGACCCAAAGACUGGAUCUCUCAGCAUCACAAACAUCAGCACCAGUGACACUGGGAUUUACCAGUUACACAUCAUAAAGGACUACAUCCUGAAAAAAGAAUUUGAUUUAAACAUAUACAAUCCAGUGAACAGGCCACACAUAACAUCCUUACAAGCAUCCAGUCGCUCAUCAGUCCUAUUAUCAGCCAGUGGGAGGUGCUGGGUUCUGUGUUUUGUGGAGAACGGGAGAGACGUCACCCUGUCCUGGUACAGAGGGACCGAGAGACUGAACCAAACCAGCAGCCCUGACCUCAGCACCAGCCUGUCUCUCUCCCUGGAGGUCUGGGAGGACAGUCCUGCCUACAGCUGUGUGGCCACCAACCCAGUCAGUGAAGAGGCUGCAGAGGGGAACAUCAAACAGCUGUGUGCUGAGCUGGGUAGGUCUCAGAGCAGAGGGUCCCUCAUGGUCUGCUGCUGCUGCUGGACACUAACACAGCUUCUCCUCUCCAAUAACUUAUUGCAGAUGCAUCGUCACAGAAUGCAAACAAUAAGAGACCAAAGUAACAAUACAGUAUACAGC